CCAGUGCAACAGUUCACAAGGAACAACAGUUCGAACUACUAGGAUGGCCCAACUCCAUCUGCUGCUCUACUGUGCCACAACUCUGCUGAUUGCCAACGCCCUGAUUCUGACGCCACAACUGCUGAGCGCCGCCGCUGCCGCCUCUGUGGCCGAUAAUGAGCAGGGGGGAAUCAUUGGCAAAUCGAAGACAUCCUCCUAUCCCUUUCCGCUCGACGACGAUGUAGAAGGCGUUGAGCUGCCCAUGGAGGCCCCAGAGGUCAAUGGAGAUCUGGCGCUAACGCAGCGACAAUCGCAGCAGCAUUCCCUGCCACCACCCUGGCUGGAGUUUGCCGACGAUACAGCACCGCCCAAGCAUCGCACUGGCCACAAGCCGACGAUCAUCAAGCAUCCGACAAACGGCUUCCACAAGCUCUCCUCCCACGGCCAUCGCACCUGCUACGUGGAGAUCACAAAGCAUGUGGAGGGCAUCUGCCAGUCGAUGCCCUUGGGCAGUGCCUGUGUGACCGAUGACUAUAUGGUCAUUUAUAACGAUGGCAACUGCUCCACCCAGUAACCAGUAACCAGUAUCCAGUUACCCGUAACCCGUAACCAGUGUACCGUUAAGUGUGUGCCAUAAGUGUCUAUGCGGAUGAGGAGUACGACUACCUGAUGCGCGUUUCUGUGUACUGUGCCCCACAGCAAGCACAACCCAAAAACAAACCAAUUUGUAUAAAUAAAUCAAUCAAAAUAAAUAUAAAAAUAAUUAUC